CCAGCUCCAAGCGUGAGGACAAAAUCGCCCAGCUCGUAAGCACCGGUCGGGGCGAUGAUGGAUAUGAGGCCGCGCCGCACCACGCCACCGCAGGCUACCCAAACGGCUAUAAUUAGGCGGUUCCAAACGAAACGCCCCCUCGCUUAUGCGCCGGCGACCCCGCGGAUCCCCCACUAAUCGCCGCCCGCCCCGAGCCCCCUCCGGCAACGGCAAGCGGCAAGAGCCUACGACCCCGAGGGCGAGAACUGGAGAAGCGGCAACCGCCGGAGCGCCCCCACCCCCGGCGAUCGCCGGGGACAUCCCGGCCACGCGCACGCCCCCCCCCCCCCCGGCUCCUUGUCUGACCGGCGCGCCAUUGGAGCUGCUCACGCGCGGCUGAUUUUGGGGGUAUUUUUCUGCCCUCUCCCCCUCCCUUCCGGCUUCCUGGAUUCGUCUGCUCCGGCAGGAGUUCCUGGCCUGGGGCGCUGCGAUGCCGGAGGCCGGACACUACGGCUACAAGAAGACCGACGGCAUCUGCGACGGCGUGUGCGGCGAGCCUGCGUCAAAGGCAGUUCUGACCAUGUCAAGGCUAAAGUGUGCGCUUCGGGGAUUUGAUUUCAGGGCACUUUUGGCCCUCUUGAUUGGUGUGCCGAUUAUAAUCUUAAUGAUAUACACGCAUGGCCAGAAGGUAACAUACUUCCUCAGGCCAAUCUGGGAAUCUCCUCCCAAGCCCUUCAAGAUAAUCCCACACUACUACCAUGAGAAUGUCACCAUGGAGAACCUCUGCAAGUUACAUGGGUGGAAAGCCCGGGAUACCCCACGCCGUGUCUUUGAUGCUGUACUCUUCAGUAAUGAGCUUGAUAUCCUUGAGAUCCGUUGGAAUGAACUAAGUCCAUAUGUGUCAGAGUUUGUGCUUCUUGAGUCCAACUCAACCUUCACUGGUUUGAAAAAGGCCCUCCACUUCAAGGAAAAUCGUCAUCGAUUUGGGUUUGCUGAAUCACGGCUGACAUAUGGUAUGAUCGGGGGACGGUUUGUGAAGGGAGAAAACCCAUUUGUUGAGGAGUCAUAUCAGAGGGUUGCCCUGGACCAGCUUAUUAAGAUUGCAAAAAUAGAAGAUGAUGACCUGCUGAUCAUGUCUGAUGUUGAUGAAAUCCCAAGCGGUCACACUAUUGAUCUCUUGAGAUGGUGUGACGACAUUCCAGAGAUACUUCAUCUUCAGCUCAGGAAUUAUCUUUACUCAUUUGAGUUUUUCCUGGAUGACAAGAGUUGGAGGGCAUCAAUACACAGGUACCGAUCUGGAAAGACAAGGUAUGCGCACUUCAGGCAGACAGAUGACCUUCUUGCUGAUUCAGGGUGGCAUUGCAGUUUUUGCUUCCGGUACAUAAGUGAUUUUGCCUUCAAAAUGCAAGCUUAUAGCCAUGUUGAUCGGAUCAGAUUUAAGUACUUCCUGAACACUGAAAGGAUUCAAGAUGUCAUCUGCAGAGGGGCGGAUCUUUUUGAUAUGCUUCCAGAAGAGUACACAUUCCAAGAAAUCAUUGCCAAGUUGGGGCCUAUCCCAAGUACAUUCUCUGCUGUUCAUCUUCCUAGUUAUCUUCUAAAGAAUGUUGACCGGUUUAGAUAUCUUCUACCGGGCAACUGCAGGAGAGAAAGUGGCUAGAGUUUUUAUGGUUUACCCUGCAAUCUGCUGUGCAUGGGUGCCACUGCAAAGCUGUCCCCGCUGAGAUCAUCUGGCUGUGGCAGUUGCGGCUGAUAUAAUUGGCUAACGCAGUUGGACAAUCGCUUGGGAAGUGAUUCAUGGAUGAGUGAGUUAAUGAUCUUGUGCUGUGUGAUGGAAGGGAGGAGGAUCUAACAGCAUAUCCCCUGCUUGGUCCUGGCUGGCUUUACCUUCCAGACGAGCUGAACAGUGUAUGCUUACAACCGGAUGUCAUUGUCAUUCAUUACUUCCCUGAUUGAUAUAUAAACUUAAAGCUGUUGUAGAUUUCAAGUGAAAUGAUAUUUCAGAUUUACAUGCUGUAGAACUGGCCUUACUCUGCAGAUAAUUACAUAUGCAUUGUUCUUA